AGCGUAGCGAAAUCCGAACUCGCGAACGAAGCCAAAAAAAAUAUCAGCGACAAAAGCCAGGGGAGCAUCGAUGAAGCCGUCGCAGAAGCGCGACGACCGUCUCCGCCACUAAGCUCCCGCGCUCUCCCAUCCGCCUCGCCCGCCCUUCCUCCAUGGCCUCGGCCACGGCCACUCUCUCCUUCCUCGCUCUGCCGCAGAGGCCCCGCCCCCGGAGCAGCUCCGGCGGAUCCCGGAACCCGAGCGUCCUCGGGCUGAGCUCGAUCUCGAUCGGGUCGGGUCCCGCCGCCGGGGGAAGGCGACGCGGGCUCAGGCUCUCCGUUUGCAGGGCCGCCGCGGUCGUGUUCCGCGACCUCGAUGCCGACGAUUUCAGGCACCCUCUCGACAAGCAGAAUACGCUGAUAUUGAGAGCAAUUCCGGGACUAAACGAUCUUGGGAGGGCUCUACUAGGAAAUGUAACAGAGCAAGUUAUGCUUCUUGAGAAUAUUGGGACAUCAGUUCUUGUUUCCAAGAAUCAGCUUUCUGAUCUCCAUGAAUUGAUGGUUGAGGCUGCGCGAAUAUUGAAUAUUGAAGCUCCAGAUCUCUAUAUACGUCAAAGUCCAGUACCAAAUGCAUAUACUUUGGCAAUCGGUGGCAAAAAACCAUUUGUAGUUGUUCAUACCAGCCUUGUGGAGCUUCUAACACGAAAAGAGUUGCAGGCCGUUUUGGCUCAUGAGUUGGGUCAUCUGAAAUGCGACCAUGGUGUGUGGCUCACAUUUGCAAAUAUUCUCACCCUUGGAGCCUAUUCUGUACCUGGACUUGGCGGAUUAAUAGCUCAAAGACUAGAAGAACAGUUAUUUAGAUGGCUUCGAGCAGCAGAGCUAACUUGUGACCGUGCUGCACUUCUCGUUGCCCAAGACCCCAAGGUUGUCAUUUCUGUUCUGAUGAAACUAGCCGGUGGAAUCCCAUCUUUGGCUGAUCAAUUAAACGUGGAUGCCUUUUUAGAGCAAGCUCGUUCUUAUGAAAAAGCAGCUUCAAGCCCUGUGGGGUGGUAUAUAAGAAAUGCUCAAACAAGGCAACUUUCACAUCCUCUGCCGGUUCUACGGGCCCGCGAGAUUGAUGAAUGGUCCAAAGUCAGGAUUACCAAGCCCUUCUGAGACGUGCUGCACAGAUCAAUUCACUGCAAAACGUAUAGAAGUCUCCAGUGCUACGGAAAAGGUUUCUAAAGUAGCUUAAGCAGAUAGAAGGUAACAGAGGAGGCAUCUAAAGAAGCUCUCUGCUGCCUUGGAAUUCAACAUCUGCUAUGGCUUCAGAUCCUCUGGAAAAUGUGGUGUAGAAUUCUCAGAAGCCUGAUUAAAAUCUUGUACAAACUGCAGAGUAUGUAAUAGGAUAUAGAAUACAGUCAAAAGAAUGACCGUCUGAUAAAGAAAUCUUGUAAUACAUUUGGUUGGACACAGGUCAGCUUCAGUGAUGCACUGUUUAUACAGAAUUCUACAAUUGGAGUUGAGCCUGAGGUGUAUGUUUUAUUAUGGAUGCCGGCCAUAAUUUUUCCUUUA